CGUAAUUAUAAACUUCCCCUUCUUGAAAGCAUGUAUGAGGAAUAGACAAAUUGCAUCUCUCUCAUUUUUCCAUGUUUCACCAUCAUCUAUCUCAUGCGAGAGAUUUGCAGAAAUAGUUCGCCAAACACCUGCCUUACUCGCCUUCCUCCAUCGCUAUAAAAUCAGCCCCAUACCACACCAACACAGAGGAGUACACGAACACAGAGACACCAACAAAAAUGGAACAUAGGAAGCUUACUCUUUGCGUUCUCGACGCUUCAUCUUACGUGGGCUUUUGGAUCACCAAAGGAUUGCUUAACAGAGGAUACCCAGUCCAUGCAGCCGUCCGGAAGACUGGAAACCCAGAGAUUGAGAAGGCUAUUAGAGAGAUGGGUAAAGUGGAGAAUGGGCUGGUGGUUUUUCCUGUGGAUAUCAUGGAUUACCAUAGCAUUCUUAUUGCAUUGAAAGGGUGCUCUGGUUUGUUCUGCUGUAUGGACACCCCUCACGUGUAUGAUGAAAAAAUGGUGGAAUUGGAGGUGAGAGGGACAAUUAAUGUUGUGGAGGCUUGUGCUCGGACUGAUACUGUUCAUAAGACUGUUUUUACCUCCUCCUUAACUGCUGCUGUGUGGAGGGAGAAUAUCCUCUCCGAGAAGGAUGUGGAUGAAAGGUGUUGGAGUGAUAAAGAAUUUUGCAGGAAAAUGAAGUUGUGGUACCCUCUAGCAAAGACACUCUCUGAACAAGCUGCGUGGGCUCUAGCAAUGGACCGUAGGCUCAAAAUGGUAUCUAUUAACGCAGGACUUGUUCUUGGACCCGCUGUUGCAGAACAAAAUUCAGGGUCAACAAUCUCUUAUCUUAAAGGAGCUGCUCAGAUGUAUGAAAAUGGGGUGCUGGCGGUGGUUGAUGUGAAAUUCUUGGUGGAUGUCCAUAUCCGAGCAAUGGAAGAUUCGUCCACGGGUGGUCGAUAUUUCUGCUUCGAUCAGAUAGUGAACAGUGAGGAAGAAACUCUCAAACUUGCGAAUAUUUUGAGGCCAUUGAUAUCCCUUCCACAAAGGUACGAAGUCCAAGGAAGGGAAGCUUUUGCUGAGAGACUCAGAACCAGAAGAUUGCACAAACUGGUCGAGGGCACCGCUUAGUACUUGAAGUUUACAUGAAACAUAUCUUAUGUAUCUUAAAAAGUUGAUAGUUAAAUGAAAAAAUGGGGGUGGGGGCAAUUUCAGUCCCUACUGCCCAUUUCAUUUUUCAU